CCAAAAAGCCUCAUUUGUCAUUAAUUAAAAAAAAAAAAAAAGCGAAAGACAAAGAGGCCCUUCCUAACUAUGCGCAGGAGCCAGAUAAAAGUGAAUGAGAAGGGUGCGGAUGGAGAACCUCCAUAUAUAAUUGGAGGAUACUUUCCCACAAUCUUAUUAAUUAAUCAAAUAUGAAGCGAAAAUUAUCAACUAUCAAAAUAAAACGACUACUGCAUGUUAUAAAGUAAUAAUUAACAGGCUAGAUAGGAAUACCAACAAAAUGUAUUGUAUUCAACAAAAGUAAAAAUAAAAGGGGGAGGGAAGAAAUUAAGGAGAGCUAUAUGUAUAUUUUAAUAUUAGUUUAUAGCCCUACUCUCGGCUGGAUUUGUAUCUUUAUUUUUGACUAAUUUCUCAACAAGACUAGUGUAUAUAUUAUUUCGUGAAGGAGAACGAGGGUCUCGUUUGGCCAUGCCAACCUCGAGGUUCCUCGACCUGGUGCUGCACAUUAAAAAAUUUACCGACAUGCAAGCGCACUUUUUACCAUUUUUCUGCAUAAUAAAAACACCGCUAUAAAAUAAAAAAAGUAUACUAGUGUUGGUGCAUAACGAAUCUUUAUUGUUUCCAGCUAAGUAGGGCUAGAUGUUCGAUGGAGAGGUUUACCCAAAACCGAAACCAAACGCAUUGGUUAUCGCCGAACCGAGAAUAGAACGAAAAAAGUUCAAAACGGUAUCAGUUUUGAAUUAGGAUUGUUUUUCGGGUUUCGAGGAAAUCGUACUCGAACCCGAAACGGACCCAAACCCCACCCGAAGGAUAGGCCCUGGCCUGCUAUCCCCUAGCCCAUCAUGAUACCCCAGUCAAAUUCUCAACUCCGAACUCAAUUCUUUUUUCACUCCUCUACUCGCCUCAGCGGCCUGUAAUGGAACAAAAACGAUAACGUGCUACCAGGGGCGGAGGCAACUUGUUAGGAGGGUGUGCCUUGGAAGAACAAAGUUAAAAGAGUAUAUUAGAUUGUUUAUAAUGAAGUUUUGUACAUGGAACCGCAAUCUUAUUGUCACAAUAUCACUAGGUGAACUUAUUGUGGUAGUAUUUAAUUAUGUUUUCCUUUUCAAUUCCAAUCAAAACUUUUCCUCUCAGACAUGAUCGCUAAGUCGCUCGACUCUACCUUUCCAUUCAACCGACUUUUAUCGGCUAUCCAUGAGCACUAGAAAGUCUUUACCGUAACCCAUCAUGGAUUGGAAUUAUUUACAAAAUUAUGAAGCACUAGUCGAUAGGAUAUAUUGAUAAUAAGGUCUUUGAUAGUUUAGAUGAAAAAUAUAUAAUUUAAAAGUUUUAUUAGAGAAGAAAAAUGUUGUGAGUCAUUGCAAAAAUUAAUAGUUUCUCAUAUAAAAUAUAUUUAUUUAAUACAAUUGGCACCCCCUUAAUAGAAAAUCCUAGCUACGCCAUUGCGUGCUACCCUGCCACUACUGUGUUUGGCUUCCGCAACUCCGCCCUCCAGUCUUCAUCCCUCUCCGCUGACCAGAGGAGAUUCAGAGUUGUUCGUCUCCCCCCUUCGAAGAGAGCAACUUGUCGAAAUCCCAUACGGUGACAUGGUCCAUCUCGCUGGUAAUCACAUCAGACCCGAUAGUCGUAACAUUAUCUUCUCGUGUAACCGAAAAUCGCUAAGGUGUCGUUGUUGUUUUCUGUAAUGGUGUUGUUUUGUGUUCGGUUAAACGACCGAAAGUCAACCCAUACUCUAGCUUGGUAGCCAAGUACUACGUUAUUAGGUUUGAAUAUCUCGGUUGGUUUUAAUUUGAUGUCAUUCGUGGACAUUGUAAUAAUGAUUAUAUUGCAUCUCAUCACUAGAAUCUAGUCGUUCAUUCUAUAUUAUCAUGUUGUGCAGUAUAAUGCAUAACAAAAUUAUAUUAUUUUAUUAAGUGUGACAAUAUCACACAGUUUCGCAAGACCGUGAAGAAUUGUCCAUCUAGUUUGCAAGAUUAAUUUACAUUAAAAUUUUGGUACAACCUCCAGUACAAUUUCACAUUGAAGUUUACAUCCUUUCUUCAAAUAUUAUUGAACUCAUUAAAAUCAUUUGUCUACCCAUAUUUGUGUAGUGCAUGACCCUAUUCUUGACCCAGAAAAACAGUAACAAUAAAUAUGACCAAUGACCAUGCACAUUUUAUUUUAAUGCACGAAGAUACCCAUUAUAUGCGUGAAGUAGACUACAUGAGAGAUAAGUAGGUAAGUUUCGCAAAUAAGACUUGCAUGAAAACACAACCAUAUAUAGCUGGGCAGAUCUUAACUUCAAUAGACAAGGAAUAAUAACUCUCUUGAACUUUUCAGUUGAUCCAUAGAGAAAUACGAGAUAUUGGAAGAAAUUAAAUACAACAAACGAACAAAGUGAGCUUUAGAUGUGUGUGUAUGUUUCUUUUUCAAUAAUGAUGUCUCCAAUUUCCCCUUCAUUCAAUUUAAUUGAAUUGUUUUCAGUUAUUAGUCAUUUGGUUUGAUCAAUAAACUACAGGAGGUGAUAUCCCUAGUUCCUUUACCUGAAAAUUAAUGAUGAUUUGCGAAGUAUCUUAAGUUUUCACCAAAAAGAAAAGAAGUAUCUUAAGUCAUUCCUAUUAGGUUAGAGUAAUUUUGGUAGCUAAUAAAAAGUUUGUGGUUAAGGGUAAUUAUAGUAUUAGUAUUGUUUUUAAAUUAAUCUACAAAACACUAUAAGCCAAUGUGCAAAAGCCGGCUUUGCCACGUAAUCCCCAGCUAAUUAACUCGCAGAGUUCGGAGGGUCACUUUAGUCAAUUCCGCACCCUCGCUGUCUUGCUCGCCGUCUUCCAAAUUGAAACCGGAAAGCGACGCUAUUCUGUAGCCGUCUUCGCUCUUCCCCAACGAAAUCCUUCUUCUCGUCCUUCUUUGGUGCUGAAUCGGAAAAUCAUGGUUAUGCUGGCCCUUUCUGUGCGCAUCUUUUGAAGCUAUAGGAUGGGAUUACUACUCCAAAUCGCCCUCGAUCUGCAAACGAAAUUCUUUGCCCGUCUUCCCCAACGAAAUCCUGCUUCCCGUCCUUCUUUUGCUCUGAAUCGGAAAAUCGAAGCUAUGUUGGGCAUUUCGUUGCUCAUGUUUUGAAGCUACAGGGCGGGAUUACUACUCCAAAUUGCCCAGGUAUUGCAUUCAGAAACCUUUUUCCGAACUUGGGUGUGUUUGUUGGUGGAAAACGACGCAAAAUUUGCCGCAUUCUUCCCAACGAAAUCCUUGGGACCGUCUUUCUUUGGUGCCGAUUUGCAAAUUCCAAGUUAUUCCGACCCUUGGUGGCUUGGUCUGCUCAUCUCUUCAAGCUACAGGUCGGGAAACAUAUCUUCAAAUCGCACUUAAUCUGCCUCUUUCACUUCUCCGAGCUGUGGUGUGUUUGUUGUUGGGUGCUCUGACUUGCAAGUGGGCUGGAUAUCGCUGUUGAUUGUUUGGUGUAUUUGAGUCUAGGACGGCUGUCUCCAUCAAAUCCUGCUCUCGGUGGUUGUCUGUCGGUGCAUCUUGCUCCCACCGGCAAUCUUUAUUUGGGUAUGCGUUCAAACUUUGAAACUGUUAAGCAAUUAGUUGGAAUCAGCUUCUUCCUUUCUUGGCUUUUCCAUUUUGCAUCAAAUCAUAGUGAUCCUGUAAUCUGUAUUAGAGGAAUAAAGUUCAAUUUUAGUAAGGUCAAACUCAUCUCCACAUAAGUGCAGCUACUAUCUUGAGGAAACCAGCAGGACUAAGCCAAGUCCCGAGGUUCUUUGAGGAAAAACCUUAACUAGACACAAAAGGAAGCAUGGGGACAACUAUGACCCUAAGGAAGUGAAGUAGUAUUGUUGGAGCCUGGAAGUUUUGUGUAGUUAAGGGCCACGUUGUGAACUGUAUUUUAUUAAUGUGAUUUCCCAUCUACGAGAUGUUUGUGAAUGGUUUGAUUUUUACAGCAUUUGAACUUUUAAAUUGUAUAUGGUUUGCUUUAUCAUUUUCCAAAGACAAUCGUUAUUCAAGUUAAAAUAUCAUUUAUUUGUGAGUUUAAUAUAUCACUAUUUUAAAGCUCAUGUGUUUAUCACUGCUACAAGUUUGAUUUUUUGUGUUUUUCUUGGCAUCAUGUAGAAUUUGUGUUACUUUUGGAUAGGGGCAUACUGCAUUUGUUGUUUGUGGCAGCAGGAACCUCAAUUUUUUACUAUUAUGAUGCUACAACCUGAAGCCUCAUUCUUAGUCAGAGGUUAUUUAGCAUUGUUUUCACUUUUGCUUCUUAUAUCUAUAUUCCCUUCCUGAUUUUUGUCUUACAUGGAUCCAAUGAACUGGCCUCUGUGUUGGGACUCCAUCUGGUCAAAUUGUAAAUGACAUCAAGACUACUUCAUGUUUAUGAGAUGGAGACAACGAUGAUGGUGCUUAGUAGAAUGGUGCAGGCUGUUCACAUCAUGAGUAGUUGUGUUUUUCUGACUAUGGGGUGUUUGUUAAUGGUUUGGUUCUUAUGAGUUUUAAAAUUCAUAUUAUAUAUAGUUUUAUUUAUCACAGCAACAAAUUUGAUUUUCUGUGAUUUUCUUGGGAGCAUGUAGUAGUUGUGUCGCCUUUGGAUAGAAGCAUAUUGCGUUUGUGAAUGGUUUGGUAAUUAUUAAAUUCAUACUUUUAAAUUGUAUAAAGUUUUGGCAGUCGAUGUCCAAUGAAAAUGGGAUUUGAAGUUCAAAAUAGAAGGCUUUAUGUGUGUUUAUUACCACUGCACCUUGCAUCUGUCUGUGUCCUUUAUGCCAGCAACUUGCAUUAUUUGUGUAACUUAACACCAACUGCCAGCUUCAGCAUGUUCAGGGCAGAAACAUCUUGGAAUUGAUCGUGGUAAUGAUGUAGGCAUGUAGCAGCCAAAACAUUGCUUCCUUGCCAGGGGUCAUCAAGUAGUAGUGUCUUCAUUUUUAUAUGGUGUUUUAUGUAUAAGUAAGAGAACAUUAUAACAGCAAUAGCAGUUAAUCUGAAUUGUCUAAAAAAGCUAAUCCGGCAAACGGCCGGGCCCAAUGCUAGUUAGUUAUAAUAAAAAUGAGGGAACAGAAACGCAAUUCAUCUCCCUCGCUCUCGCCUACUGAAAUACUUGUUUUUUGCUUUGGACAGAAUCCUACCAAACUUCACCCUCAUCCCUUUCAGCAUUUGUUCCCCCUUACUGAAACUAGCCCACUUAUUAUACCUCACACCAAAGCCCAACACACCACUAACCUCAGUUCAAACAUCUCCCUCCUCACUCCCCAGCCCACCCCGUUUACCGUCGAUGAUGAUGGCUCGCCCAUCGUAACUCACGCUGCUCGCGCAAACAACAACACAACAACUAACGAACAAGACCAAACUGAGAAGAGCCCCUUUUUGUAUUUGCCUGCAGCUCGCCAUCCUCAUUUACGUGUUGCUACUCAAAACUGGACCAAAUCUUUUUCCCUUUGUAUUACUAUAUAUACACACAACUAGUUAAGCUAGGGUUGAAGUCGAUCGGUUAUAGAUAUUGGAUCGAUGAUUAAUCCUACUGUACGUGGCUGCCAAAUCCUUUCAGAUUUUGUUACAUGGAUAGCAGAUAUUGUUAACUGAUUUCUGGAUAUGUUGGCGAAUGUGGCCAGAGAAACGGAUGAUGCAUUGCAUGAACAAUUAUCCCCAAAAUUGACCACAUUGUGUAUUAUAUAUAUAUCGUAAUAGCAACUACUCUUCUUCGUUUUUUCCUUUUUCCAAAAACAUAUUUAUCCGUUUUAAUUAAGAAUUUGUAUUUCCAUGUAAAAAAAAGUUUGAUUUCACAGUAAAAUAUUUUACCAUAAUAAAUCAAUAAUCUCCGAUAGAGAUCGCAUCACCACACCAUCCGCAUUACACGUGAGUAGUUGAGAUCCGGAGUUGGUUGGCUAGGCCAUGGACAGUUCGCAUAGAUAAUGUUUACCGUGAAGCUAAUUACGUCGCAGAUUAUCUUGCUUCGAUAGGUCACUCUUUUCCGAUUGGGCACCAUGUCUUUGAUAGCCCGAGUAGUUCUCUAACUUACUGGUUGUACUAUGAUUCUGUAGGGAUUCAAACGUCUCGUCUCAUUCGUAUGAAAUAAAGGUUUGGGCGUCCGAAGCACCCUAUUCUCGCAAAAAAAAAGUCCGAUAGAGAAGCAACUCAUUUUUGUACAUCAAUCAGAGCCAUUUUGACAAGUGAUACAAAAUGAUGACCCAUGAUAUUGAUGAGGUACAAAAAACUACAUAAACUUCUUUCACUCAUUCACAUGCUACUCUAGUAUCAUCAAUACGGCUAGCGUGCUAUGGUCCAUAUAUUUAUGGCUUGGCUUAAGACCAUUUUAUGCUCCAAACCGAACAACCAAAAAUCUACCCAACCAACAUAUUAUACCUCACACCAAAGCCCAACUCACCAUUGACCUCGGCCCAAACAUCUCCCUCCUCACUCCCCAGCCCACACCGUUCCCAGGCCUUGAACCACCUCGUGCCCAAGGCUUUUACCAGUCACCAUUACAACUUAAUAACCCUAAGAAAAUUGAAAAAAAUGUGCACACCCCUCUCCUCUUCGUCGUCAUCUCUCAUCUCCAAUAAGACACAACCGUUCACCCUCUCCCAACCACAAACCCAAGCUCCAAAUCCUACCUCCCCUACAAUCCAAUCACGCCGCCGACAAUCACAUGCAGACGGCGGGGAGCGUAAGUGUCGCGUUGGAAGAGGGUCUUCGUCGUCGAUUACCAAUGAUCAGUAUGUUAGAUCUUUCUUGAUUUGAUCAUCCUCUAUUUCGCCUCUUGAUUUCGAGUGUUUCGACAAAUCCUUGAUACAAUUUAUGUUCAGUUUGCAUUCGAUGUAUGGCAAUAGCCACAUUCUUCUCAAGAUCAAUUUAUCGUUUUGUCUUAAUUUCGUGUGUAUAUCUAGAUCACAUAUACGAUCCUUCCAUACACUGAUAUAGUUUCGUUUCCCUCUCUUCAGCCCACUGUUGUUGUAAAACCAUCACAUCCCAUUUUACUCUUCUUAGGAUUCGCCGGUGAGAAUGUGGGUGUUCUCCCCUUCUCUAACUAUGGGACUCUAUCCGUAGCUCACAUAUAAUGUAACGCGUGAGAAUUCGCAUACAAAAUUGAAUGGAAAUCGAUAGAAUGAUUUAAUAGUUAGUAAUGAAAACGCAUAGUUUAUUAAAAUGUAAAUAUUUAUAACAAUUUAUUAUUGACCUCAAGGACUAAAACAUAAGUGAAUUUUGUACUUAUAAUAAUAAAUUUAAAGAGGAUAUUCUAGGCAAAAAAAGAAUUCCUCAUAUUGUUUCUUCAUUUUUUUUGUACUUAAGCAUUUAGCCAUGUAGCUCUUAGCUAGUUAUUGGGCUUUUAUCUGACCGGCCUAUGAAUAAUAGUUAUAACUCGGAGUAUAUCCGUGGAAGAAAUGCGGAUUUGGGAAUCUUCCCAAUGGUUUUAGCCCUGGUUGGAUCCGCCCUUGACCCAGUUCACCCACUAAAAGACAGGCAGACGCAUAAUAUAGACAAAAGGCCCGGCCCUCCAAAUGGCCCAAGAAGGGCCUUUUGGAUCCGGAUCCGGCCGUCCUGGUAUUUAUUUUUGGAAUUUAAAACGAAAAGAGAAAAUCAGAAAAAUAUUCCACUGUCAGUUAGUUGCUUUAAAUAAGUGGAAGCUCGAGCGAAAACGUAACUUGACUCUCUCUCUCCUACCGAGUCACAGAUACACAGACAGGCCAGAGAAGGGGAAGGGAAGGAGAGGAUGGCUUCCAUGGCGAAGAAAGGUCUGCAGCAAUACCUUCUCCAGCUCCAGAAUCAUCCCUUGAGAACUAAGGCGAUGACUGCUGCUGUUCUAUCAGCUGUCAGCGACAUAGUAGCCCAGAAGCUCUCCGGCAUUCCCAGGCUCCAACUCAAGCGCCUUCUUCUCAAAGUGAUUUUGGGGUUCGGGUAUCUGGGUCCGUUCGGGCAUUUCAUGCAUAUAAUCCUGGACAAGAUCUUCAAGGGAAAGAAGGAUACCAAAACUGUUGCCAAGAAGGUGGCAGUGGAGCAGUUGACAGCUUCUCCUUGGAAUAACUUGGUAUUCAUGAUCUACUACGGGUUGGUUAUAGAGGGGAGACCCUGGUUUCAUGUAAAAACCAAGAUCAAGAAAGAGUAUCCGAAGGUUCAAUUCACAUCAUGGACGUUCUGGCCGGUGGUGGGAUGGAUAAAUCACCAGUAUGUACCGCUUCAGUUUCGUGUCAUCUUCCACAGCGUUGUUGCUUGUUUCUGGGGAAUAUUUCUAAACCUGCAGGCGAGGUCUAUGCCAAUAACUAAAGGUUAAGAAAUUGGGAGCUGCCGGCUGUGGGAAUUAGCUAGGCUAAGUCAACAACAUGUCUCCUGUUGCUGGCUGGAAGCAUCAAUGGGGAAGUGGAAAGAAAAUUGGCUAGGAAGACCACUAAAAGCCCCCCUAAGAAAAGAGGGGGAUGAAGAUUCAGAGAUGACACCAUUGUUACAGGGUGUUACUGUGUUGUUUACAAGCGUGUUGUAUUAGUUAGUCAAAUGGUUGAAAUUUAUAUGUGGAAUUUCUAUUGAUUGGAUAAAUCAACGAACUUGUAUUCUUAUUCUCUAAAAAAAUAUUACAUUUGGA